UUCUUUGUGUUGUUGCCUACAGGAGCCGCUGCUUGUAUUGAAUUGAAGAGAUUUGAAGAAGCAAUCACUUGGUGUGAUAAGGGACUAGCUGUAUCCUUUGAAGGAAUCUUUCAUUUCUAACCGUGCGUAUAAUGGAAAAAAGUUUCCAGCUCAUAUACUUUCAAGGCAGAAAAUACAAAGAAAGAAAGAACAAAGAACUUGUCAGCUCAUAUACUUUAAGUGUGUGUGAUUAAAAACAUAGGAGAAGUUAUUACCUCAUGACUUAUUAAUGAAAUUACUCCUUUUAGCCAAUUUGACUUAGUUCUACUAUCCAUGCCAAUAACUGGUACAUUAGUUUAAAUAACCCUUUAAUUUCCCAGACCAAAUUUGUAAUUAUCCUUAUAGUCAGCCAUACAAUUCUUGUAAUGUUAGUACAGAGAAUUCAGUAUUGCAUCAACUAACUAUUUUGAAAUUGAUAUAUUUUUUUUUUACUCUCAACACUUAUCUGAUUGAUAUUGUAUUGCUAUUGUAAGGAGAAAUUCUCUUUUGGUCACUCACGGGAGUUAAAGGGUUAGAAGACUAAUAUUCAUCCAGUUUAUACAUAGUACUUGGGUAGAUGAUCUCUCUAAAACAAGCCAGAACAAAAAGCUCUUUAUUGUUUACAUAUCUUAUGCAGAUUUUCUGCCUUCGACCUUUGGCUUCUAGUUAGAGACUCAGAAACUUUCGUUGUGCUUUCCUAUGGACAAAUAAAAAUUUUAAAGAUAUGUAUUUAUUUUAUAUAUUUUUGUUUUUUCCACAUUUUUAACCCUUCACAUAAAAAAGAUUGACAAAAACAAUAGGAUCUUCUCGUCAUUAAGACUUCAGUCUAUCAGUGAAGUGGGAGAUAAGUCCAUGGAGGAAAAAGAUCCUAUUAGUCAUGACCACGGUAGUGCAAGUUCAGGUGAUGUCAAGAAAGUCAUAGAUCUCUAUAAUCAGGGAAAAGAAGCCAUAGAGUACAACAACCUACAUCUUAAAAUAGCUAAAGAAGUAGGAGACAAGCAUGGGGAGGGUAACGCUUAUGGCAAUCUUGGCAAUGCUUAUGACCGUCUGGGUGAUUUCAAAAAAGCCAUAGAGUACCACAACCUAGAUCUUAAAAUAGCUAAAGAAGUAGGAGACAAGCAUGGGGAGGGUAACGUUUAUGGCAAUCUUGGCAAUGCUUAUCUUAGUCUGGGUGAUUUCAAAAAAGCCAUAGAGUACCACAACCUACAUCUUAAAAUAGCUAAAGAAGUAGGAGACAAGCAUGGGGAGGGUGUUGCUUAUGGCAAUCUUGGCAAUGCUUAUCUUAGUCUGGGUGAUUUAAAAAAAGCUAUAGAGUACCACAACCUACAUCUUAAAAUAGCUAAAGAAGUAGGAGACAAGCAUGGGGAGGGUAACGCUUAUGGCAAUCUUGGCAAUGCUUAUCUUAGUCUGGGUGAUUUCAAAAAAGCCAUAGAGUACCACAACCUACAUCUUAAAAUAGCUAAAGAAGUAGGAGACAAGCAUGGGGAGGGUGGUGCUUAUGGCAAUCUUGGCAAUGCUUAUCUUAGUCUGGGUGAUUUAAAAAAAGCUAUAGAGUACCACAACCUACAUCUUAAAAUAGCUAAAGAAGUAGGAGACAAGCAUGGGGAGGGUGUUGCUUAUGGCAAUCUUGGCAAUGCUUAUGACCGUCUGGGUGAUUUCAAAAAAGCCAUAGAGUACCACAACCUAGAUCUUAAAAUAGCUAAAGAAGUAGGAGACAAGCAUGGGGAGGGUGGUGCUUAUGGCAAUCUUGGCAAUGCUUAUCUUAGUCUGGGUGAUUUCAAAAAAGCCAUAGAGUACCACAACCUAGAUCUUAAAAUAGCUAAAGAAGUAGGAGACAAGCAUGGGGAGGGUGGUGCUUAUGGCAAUCUUGGCAAUGCUUAUCUUAGUCUGGGUGAUUUAAAAAAAGCUAUAGAGUACCACAACCUACAUCUUAAAAUAGCUAAAGAAGUAGGAGACAAGCAUGGGGAGGGUGUUGCUUAUGGCAAUCUUGGCAAUGCUUAUGACCGUCUGGGUGAUUUCAAAAAAGCCAUAGAGUACCACAACCUAGAUCUUAAAAUAGCUAAAGAAGUAGGAGACAAGCAUGGGGAGGGUGGUGCUUAUGGCAAUCUUGGCAAUGCUUAUCUUAGUCUGGGUGAUUUCAAAAAAGCCAUAGAGUACCACAACCUACAUCUUAAAAUAGCUAAAGAAGUAGGAGACAAGCAUGGGGAGGGUAACGCUUAUGGCAAUCUUGGCAAUGCUUAUCUUAGUCUGGGUGAUUUCAAAAAAGCCAUAGAGUACCACAACCUAGAUCUUAAAAUAGCUAAAGAAGUAGGAGACAAGCAUGGGGAGGGUAACGCUUAUGGCAAUCUUGGCAAUGCUUAUCUUAUAAUAAUAAUAAUAAUAAUAAGGACUUUAUUUAUAGAGGGGGACACGUAACAGCUGAAAAGCUGACAAACCUGUGGCCCUCUAACUAGAUUAUACAGCAUUACAAAAUAAUACUAAUAAAUAGAUAAAUAUACAAAUAAUUACAAAAUUCUAUGAUAGAAAUAGCAGGAUAUAUUAAAAAUAUUCAGAAAGAUAAAAUUAAUUUAUAAAAAAUUAAAAUUAGAUAAUGUGCUAUUGCUUAAUAUUGUUUCAAAGUUGUCCAGGUUUCUAUAUGAGCUUAUAAAAUACUUUUUCACAGCUGUUUUGAAUAGUUUUAUACUAGGCUUAUUUUUGAUAUUAUGGGAAGGCUGUUCCAUAACUUAACUGCGUCAACACUGAAUGCCUUGCCACCAUCGUUAUUUCUUAGGUAUUUGGGACACACUAAAUUUAAAUUGCCAUGUCUAGUAGACCUAUUGUGUACAGAACUGUUCGUCUUGAGCAAGUCUCUGAUGUAAAUCGGAACAUCGCCUUUAAGGCUCUUAAAAAUCAUUGUACACUUAUUUAGUUUGAUUUCAUCAAAAAAGGCAACCAGCCUAGUUUACUAAAGUUUAUAACACUUCUAGAAUAAGAGUCAACUCCAAGGAUUACUCGGGCAGCCCUUUUCUGUAACCUUAGGAGACAGUGGAGUUCUUUAGCGUCGCAGAUAUUCCAAACCAUGCUCCCAUACAUAAGGACGGGUUUAAUCAAGGCGUUAUAGUAUAAGAGUCUUUCUUUUAUUGGAAGGUACCCUUUUAUCUUCUUCAAUAAACCAAUACGCUGAGAAAGCUUGGCCUUUAGACUAGAAAUGUGGUCGCUAAAUGUAAGAUCUUGAUCGAGUGUUACACCAAGCAAUUUAUAAGAAGUUACUUGUUCUAUUUCGGCCCCAUCAAGGGUUAUUGACAGGUGAUUGCCUUCCGCUAAUGAUGAAUGUAGCCUCUUUCCGGUGAUAAGUAAUGCAUUGGUUUUAACGGCGUUUAGGACCAUCCCAUUUUCGCUAGACCAUUUACUUAAUUUAUCCAUGUAUUCUUGAAGACGUCGUUCCAAUUCCAAAGGUGCAUUAUCGAUAUUAGCGCUGGCUUUAAAUGUGGUGUCAUCCGCGUAAGCAUGAAUAGUUGAGUCCGAUCCAACAGCUUCGGGAAGAUCAUUGACGAAAAUUAAAAAACAGUAGAGGUCCUAAUAUGCUACCUUGAGGAACUCCAUUGGUUAGCGUAAGUUGUGACGAAGUCGAGUUAUUUACAGUAACACACUGUUUGCGAUUGAGUAGAUAGCUCUGCAAUAGCUUUUACAACAUUAUCUGGAAAUCUAUAUGAUCUUAACUUUAUCAGGAGAAUGUCAUGAUUGAUCAAGUCGAAUGCCUUGCUAUAGUCCACAAAAAACUAAGCCGCUGACGUUGUUCUUAUCAAGGUCAAGAAGGACUUGGUCCAGAAGAAACAACAAAGCAGUAUCCGUGGAGUGGUUUUACGGAACCCUGAUUGGAAGCGGUAUAAAAGUGAAUUUUCUGUUAAGUAGGUGUUCACAGCAUUGAAGAUGUGUCUUUCAAAGACUUUAGAAAGAAUAGGCAAAAUGCUAAUAGGACGAUAGUUUUGAAUAUCUUGCUUGUUUCCUUGAUUCUUGAAAAGAGGUUUAACCUUUGCUAUUUUCCAUUGUGAGGGAAAUGUACAAGUUUCAAUACAGUGAUUUAUAAUUUUAGCUAUGGAGCAUGAUAUUUCAGGAGCUGCAAUCCUUAGAACUCUGGCACCAAGCCCAUCGAUUCCCGUGGCUUUGUGUGUAGGUAUACUUAGAAGAUAAUCGUUAACCUCACUAGGAGUUAUUUGCGGAAUAAGAUUUUCAAUUUGACUGUUAGAUUUGUCUGGUGGACCAGGAAGAGCAUCAUAAUGAAGUACAGGUGUCGACUUUAUGAGACGUUUAUAUACAUCAACGAAGAAGCGGUUAAAGCGUUCAGCGAUUGAAUGGUCAUCCUUUAUCAAGUUGUUGUUUUCGUCAGCAAUAGGGACGGAGUCGUCGUUAUUCUUUGUAUCUUUAGAUAGGUCUUUAAUUAAAGACCAAAGUUUCUUUUGGACAUUUUUGAUUUUUACUGAACUGAGUUUUAAAGUACUGUUCCUUCGCAUUUCUUAGUUUCCUCGUCACUUUGUUUUUAACCAGUUUAAAAGCAGACCAAUCUUGCUUAUUUUGUGUUCUCCUGGCCCUCUUUAGAAGAUUAUCACGUUUAUUUAUUUCGUUGUAUAGAUCAUUAGUGAACCAUUUUGGCUGAUUGAUUUUCUUCACACUCUUGGACUUUAAAGGUGCGUGAUUAUCAAGAAUGUCAUUAAAGAUUUUGUACCAAGAUUCAACAAUGUCAUCGGCAUCUCGAAAAACAAAGGAGAUAUCCCAAGGGGCUUCUCUGAGGUCUCGCAGAAAGCACUCUUUGUUGAUUUUGUCGAUAUUUCUGUAUUUGAUUUUGGAAUGUUGUUUACGUUGUGCAUCCAUGGUUUUGUAGCACCUCAAGAUGGUGACCGGAAGGUGAUCGGAAAGUCCAGAUUUACCUAUGGAUACUUCUCUAAUUCUAGCAGGAUGACUAGAAUAAAUAUGGUCUAAGCACGCAUCAGAGGCAGGUCUUGUUACCCCAUUUACCAUCUGCGUUAGUCCAAGACUGUUCAGUGCCUUUGCGAGACAAUGUUUUGAAUAACAGUUGAAAUCAAUAUAAUCCAAAUUAAAGUCUCCCAGAAUAAUCAAUUCAUUGUUUUGGAGAUGGGCAUUUUCAAUAUUUUUACCCAAGCUCUCAUUAUAAUCUUUGUUGGCUGAAGGUGGACGGUAAACACCAGAUAUCAAAAUCGGUCUCUUUGAUUUAUGAGGACAAAUUUGAAGCCAGAGAGUUUCAAGAUCAUCCAGUUCCAAAUCUUAGUCUGGGUGAUUUCAAAAAAGCCAUAGAGUACCACAACCUAGAUCUUAAAAUAGCUGAAGAAGUAGGAGACAAGCAUGGGGAGGGUAACGCUUAUGGCAAUCUUGGCAAUGCUUAUGACCGUCUGGGUGAUUUCAAAAAAGCCAUAGAGUACCACAACCUAAUUCUUAAAAUCGCUAGAGAAGCAGGAGACAAGCAUGGGGAGGGUAACGCUUAUGGCAAUCUUGGCAAUGCUUAUCUUAGUCUGGGUGAUUUAAAAAAAGCCAUAGAGUACCACAACCUACAUCUUAAAAUAGCUAAAGAAGUAGGAGACAAGCAUGGGGAGGGUGUUGCUUAUGGCAAUCUUGGCAAUGCUUAUCUUAGUCUGGGUGAUUUCAAAAAAGCCAUAGAGUACCACAACCUACAUCUUAUAAUAGCUAAAGAAGUAGGAGACAAAUCCUCGGAGGCAAUAGCCUACUGUUCACUAGGAUUGGUUUUUGAGUUACAAGGUAGACUGCCAAAAGCCGUUGAACAUUACCAAGCUAGCAUAAACUUAUUCAAUUCCUUGAGAGUACUUCUAAUAUCUAAAGAUGAGUGGAAAGUUAAUUUUCGAAAUCAGCAUCAAGUGGCGUAUACGGGUUUGUGGAGAGUUCUCGUAGAACAAGGUAAUGUAGAUGAAGCCUUAUUUGUUGCUGAGAAAGGACGAGCUCAAGCUCUGACCGACCUCAUGGAAUCCAGUUUUUGUGGUGGAACAAGUCACCACAAGGGAGAAGAUGAAGAUUGCGCAGUUUUAAAAAACGUUCCAUCGAACACUGUCUUUCAGGCAGUGGACAAAGCUAACGUCAAUCUUUGGGUUGUGUCCGAAGGAAAACAAGUUCAGUUAAGACAAAGUAAACUCAAAGGUUUUGUUUCAGAGAAUAGUGGAUCUAGCCUGUCCUUUGAGGCGUUCAUGCUCGAUGUCUAUACACAACUUGGUGUUCGUUCUAAUGUGAGAUGCGAGAAUCGAUCUUUAGAUGCUUUGAGGGAGGGCCGUUCGAAAGUGGAUGAGAAAACCAAAGAAGCCAAGCCUCAACCUCACAUCCAACAAGACGGAUGCUUGAGCACUUUGUAUGAUAUCGUUAUGAAGCCGGUGGCUGACUUGAUUGAAGGGGAUGAGCUACUCAUUAUUCCUGAUGGACCCCUGUGGAUCGCUCCUUACGCUGCAUUGAAGGAUGGUAAUUCUAAAUACCUGUGUGAAUCGUUCACAAUCCGAGUCGCUCCAUCGUUAGCAAGUCUUAGACUCAUUGCCGAUUGCCCAGAUGAUUAUCACAAAAGCAGUGGUGCGUUACUUGUAGGAGAUCCGUGGGUAUCCGAGGUUACUAACAGCGAGGGAAAGAAAGUCUUCGAGCAGCUUCAGUAUGCUAAAAAAGAAGUAGAAAUGAUCGGAAACAUUCUGAAUAUCACGCCGAUCACUGGAAGUCAGGCCACGAAAUGUGAGGUGUUGAAGAGACUCAGUUCCGUUUCCCUAGUUCACUUUGCGGCACACGGAUGUAUGGAAACUGGCGAAAUUGCUCUUACACCUGACCCAGACCGAAUAUCUACUGUGCCAACGGAGGAGGAUUACAUUUUAACAAUUGGAGAUGUGUUGAAUGCUCAACUUCGGGCCAAACUUGUUGUGCUUAGUUGCUGCCACAGCGGCCGGGGCGAGAUCAAGGCUGAAGGUGUGGUUGGCAUUGCGCGCGCUUUUAUGGGGGCUGGUGCUCGGUCUAUUGUGGUGUCCCUGUGGGCGAUUGAUGACGAGGCUACUCUUGAGUUCAUGAAACACUUUUAUCAACAACUUGCAGGAGGUAAACCAGCAAGCGAGUCACUGAACCUGGCCAUGAAAAGCCUCAGAGAAUCAGACAAGUUCUGCGACAUCAAACACUGGGCGCCCUUUUUGCUGAUUGGAGAUGACGUCACUCUUGACUUCAUGGCAAAGGAAAGAGGAAAUUUGAAUAUGAAAUCACAUAAAUGA